GCGGGGAGGAAGUCGCACUCUAAUUGGCGGGCAGGGGUUCCGGGGGGCGAGAAGACGAGGCCGGGUUCAGGUGGGGCAGCGAGGGACGCGCGCAGAGAGAAUCAUGGCGGCGCCGCUGCGGGACCGGUUGGGCUUCCUGAGCCGGCUGCCCACUCUGAUGAAAGGCACCUCGGAUGACGACGUCCCAUGCCCUGGGUACCUGUUUGAGGAAAUUGCAAAGAUCUCCCACGACUCCCCAGGGAGCAGCCAGUGCCUCCUGGAGCACCUCCUGAACCGACUGCAGAAUAACUCCUGUCACGUCAAGCUGAAGGUGCUGAAGAUUCUGCUGUACAUGUGCACACACGGGUCUUCGCAGUUCCUUCAGCAGCUGAAAAGGAAUUCCACCUUCAUCCAGGAAGCAGCAGUGUUCGCAGGGCCGCCAGAUCCCCUGCACGGCAACAGCUUGUACCAGAAGGUCCGAGCAGCAGCACAGGACUUGGCCAGUGCUUUAUUUUCGGAUACCUUGUCGCCCCCACCCUCUGCUCAGCCCUCCAGGCCACUUCCCCCAAUAGGAAUGGGCUGCAAGCCCGGCCCCUGCAGCUCCUUGCAAGGCUUUGGCUUCACGAGCGAGAGAAGCGGCUCCCCUUCCGCCGGCGAGGCCCUGCUCACCACCAUACAGAAAGCAGCCGAGGCGGUCGCCAGCGCUGUGCUGCCCAGCCCAGAGUUCCCCCCUCCCUGCCCCAGGGAGCUCCAGGAUGAUGCCUACCAGCCCGUGACGGCGCCUUCUCCUGGCAAAAGCUGUGUGGUGCCUCAGAAGCCCCCUGCUGCUGCAGCCCACAGCAUGCGAGUGAGUCACCAACCUGGGCAGGCAGGAGGUGGCUGGGAAGAGACGGACAGUGGGCACAGCUCCCAGAACUCCUCGCAGGAGAACGGGGAGCUGAGCAGGACCUCCGACUCCUACAGCAAAUCAGGCAGCGACAGCCCCUCUGGGGCCAGCAGGGAGCUGGGGACCGGAACUGAGAGGGUGGAGGGCGACUGCCUGCAGGAGCUGAGCCUGGUGAGCGCGCUGACCAGGGGCUCCAAGGUCUUCCUGACGCGGGAGGAGGCCCAGCACUUCAUCAAAGAGUGCGGGCUGCUGAACUGCGAGGUGGUGCUGGAGCUGCUGAGCCGGACGCUGCAAGACCCCAGCCAGCUCGUCUGCAUGAGGUCUAUGUGUGCCAUAUCCUCCCUGCUGUGCUCCGACCUGCUGGCCCACGAGCAGAUCUCUGCGAUUACCCGGCCACACCUGCAGCAGCUCAGCCAAAGAAGCCCCGGUCCCAUGGCCAACAAAGCAACAAAGCUCCUGAGGCAGUUUGAGGCUUUGUGCAGGAGCUGCCCGUCUCCCAAGAGAUCACAGCCAGACACGGAUCCCUCUGCUCCUGCCGGGGGCUCCCCCCAACACACGCGUGACUUGCUGAUGGACCUCAUGCCUCUGGCAGGAGAUACCGUUCUCAAGCCCGUGAGCUUAGCCCCUUCCCUCUGGGAGACACGUAAAGCCCUAGCAUUCGCUGCACAUCCCGUGGCCGCGCCUGCCCCUGCGGGAGAGCAGGGCACAGAAGCGGAGACCUGCGAGCAGUUUGGGGAUGUUGCACCAGGCUGUCGGCGCCAGCAGGAGGUGGAGUGCAGACUAACAGGGCCUGAGGCCCAGCUGGAUGCUGCCCAGAUGGAUUCCGAGCGUGCACAGACGCUGAAUGGCAGCCAGGGGGCAGCUGUACCCCCUCAGAGCCUCUCCCUGUUCGCGGGCAUGGAGCUGGUGGCCCUUCCAGGCACAGCAGUAGCCAACUCUGGUGGGGAGGGAUGUGCCUCUCGUGUUCCACGGACACUGCCCUGCACUGGGACUGCCAGCGCCAAGGCUCACGGGGACUCCAAGGGCAGCAGGGAACCUUCUGCAUUCUCCUUCCUCAACAUGUAGCAGCUGGGGCUGCAGGACACUGAGGAACUGGGGUCUCGCUCGCUGCGUGUCGCGCUCAGGCCAUCACUACAGGGGCACCAGCUGCUCACUCCAAAGCGAGGCCUCCCCGUUCCUUGUGGGUGCUGCCAAGUCCACGUCCUGCAGACGGGGGCUGGCAGUGCCGGUGCUGCUGGGGAGUAUCUCGCUGGGGCACAACGAGGAAAUGGAGUCUCCAGUCACUCCCUUCAGUUUGAUCCCUGGAGGUGCCCUUGAAAAAUCCAUGAGCAACCCUACAAUAACAAUCCAGCAUGAUCCCACACGGGGGGGUGAGGGGGAAUGUGCCAUGACAGCCAGUUCCAGGCUGCCAAAGCAGGGGGGGGGCGCAUGGGAAUGAGAAUCCCCUUGACUAUACCCCCACGUUAAGGUUAUGCUACAGGUAUAAGGCUAAUCAAAUGUGCUUGGCUGCUCUGGCCAUCAGUGUCAGUCUGUAACACUGCUCAGGCGAGGCCCUGGGGCGUGCUGGGGAGGGAGGGGCAGUGAGUCCAUAUGGACUCAACCUCUCGUGCUGUGCCUCAGCCUGUGUGAAUGAAUGUACUAGUAACCGGCUCAAUCACUUAACGUGUAUGGAGGGUGGCUAAUCGUACCUUGGAAGGUCCAGGGACGCCGGCUGCCUUUCCCCAGCACAGCACCCGCUCAGUCCCAUUGCUGUUGGGGUAGAGGCAUUGAGCAGGGCAGUCUGGAAGCCAGGUUUCAGAAGAUCUUUUCAAGGAAGGUGACACGUUAGGUGGUUUUGUUUUCCUACUGAGAAUCCGAUAUUGUAGCUACUUGUUAUUUGAAGGUGCGUUACACACACCCACCCCUUGGAGCGCUUUAGCAGGGCUGGCAAUGGAAGGGACUAAACACGUAUGUAGAAGCAUGAAUCCCUGUGUGGGGCAGCAGCCCCUUUCACACCUGCAGACUGAUCUCUUGCCCAAUCCUACUGGGUACAGGGAAGCCAACUUACAGGGCCAGGCUGCCUUGGGCAGCAGAUUGGCGUUUAUUCAGUGUUUACACGUCACACGCGAGUCCAUCUGGCUGCGAGAGCUAGUUAUGUACAAGUCUGUGUGUUGUCCUUGGGCUUAUGACAUCCAGAGCAGCCCACCUGUCCCCGUGGGGCAAAUUUGCAACAGGCGAGUUAAAGAUCCCUGGGGGAAAUCCCUUUCUAGCAGUGUCUGAUCUGCCCCACGGGGCAGAAGCUUGGGUGGGCUCCUGCUGUGUACAAAUCACACCCUGCAGCCAGGGCCUUGCUCACAGACUCCUGCCAACGGUCUUAGCUCCCGCAACCUGUCUGCUCUUAGGGCUGGGAGGAGGGAAGGGUCCAUUGUCCAGAAAGCUUCCUGGGAGGACGUUCCAUGUUUACAGAGCGUGUGUGUGGGGGGGGGAGGGGGGUGCUAAUAUGACUUUAAUAAACACUAAGUUGUGUAUAUUUAAAGUUCGACUAAUUCUCUUGUUUUGAGGUACAAAGUGUGCUUGUUUAUAGCCUGUGCCUCAGGUGAAAUCUGCGUUCUGCCCAGAGCAUGCUUGGAUGGCUUUCCUGGCCUUAGCAGUGAUGGUGAGCUCAGAGGAGCGAGCAGCUACAGGCUGAAAUGUAACCAAGUCCCCUGCUAGGGGCUGAGAGGACUCUUCUUCCCCCAGUUCCAGAGCUACACAAUCUGCUGAGCAUACGGAUGGUUCACAUUUCCCUGUUCAAGUAUUAAGCCUCAGCUGGCUUCUAGACUACCUACACCGAAGGGCGGUCAUCACAUGGCAAAGCCUGUAAAUUUCCCUCUUCCUGCAGCUUUGGCCACCUCACACUCUCAGCAUGCCCUGGCAGGGUUGCCUUCCAGGGCACAGCUGUGCCAGCAGGGUGCAAUCAGGAGGGCAGGUAGUCUGUAUUUCUUUAACAAGGCCCAGAACCAGGGCAUAAUGAUCCCUGAAUUCGUGUUCCCUGCUGCUCUCCAGAGGAACCAGGUUUUCUAUGCACAAUUAGGUUUGAAAUCAUUGAAUUGUGGAAAACGUUCUAUUUCCUGUUGAGAACUGUCUGCUGACAUAUAAAUAGCCCCCUGGCAUUCCUUCAGGUAGGCUCUGUGAAGCCUGGCCCUCUGCCACCCACAGGGUCAGUGCGGGAGGGGGCGUCAUGGGCAGCACAUGUAGUAACCGUGUUGUGUCUGUUGAACUAACCUGUCUGGCUGGCAGACCUCAGAGCACCUGAGCUCAUAAUGCAUCCUAGAGUUGCAGACACUGGUCUGUACUUCAGGCUUUUC